AUGGAAACAGCAGCAAAGACAACCAAUAUCCUGUACGCAGACCUUCCAAGGUCUUUGAAACGUAGUCAUGCAGAAGCUGACACCCUUACUGAACUCAUUGAACUGUUGUAUGCUUCCAUCAAGGUAGCACGAGAGAACUUGUUCAGGCCAGCUUCGGCUAUCGUCAAUGAGGUGCUUCUGGAGGAGCGGGUAUAUGAACAUCCAUGCCCGUCACUGCCCAAACCUGAAAACAUGGCCAGAGCCGCGAACCGCUUAAGACAGCAGCUGAGACCCGAAGACCCCACCGACUUGGCGUUUGACAUCUCCGAAGAGAAUAUUCCUGCCGGGUUCAUGAAGGGAGACGUCCGUAGCCGCAGCAAGCGACACUUUCUCUUCGCAACAAACCAGCAACUGCAGCAGCUUGUCCUGGCCAAAAACUGGUACGUUGAUGGCACAUUUAAACUCUGUCGUCAGCCCUUCACCAAACUGUUUACCAUCAACGCCUUUGUGAGGAGCGGCGAGCAAGCCAAACAGGUUCCUCUGCUGUUUGUCCUCAUGUCUGGUAAGAGAAAGCGGGACUACCGUACAGUGUUGCAAGAAGUGCUGAGAAUACUUCCUUCGCCUCCAGCAGUCACAAGCAUCACUCUGGACUUUGAACAAGCUCUCUGGAAAGUCUUAAGAGAGCUGCUGCCCAACGUGUCACUGCAGGGAUGUCUGUUUCACUGGACGCAAGCGUUGUGGAGAAAGGUUCAAGAGUUGGGAUUGGAGCCAGCCUACCGCGCAGACAGCCGUACCUACAAGUACAUUAGAAAACUCAUGGCGCUGCCCUUCCUGCCGGAAGCCAAGAUUACACCGAUGUUUAAGCGGCUCAGAGACCGCGCCACUACCACUGCUCUGGAAGCACUUGCCUUGUACGUGGAGGAGAACUGGAUUACCAGCACAAUGUGGUCUCAAUCCUGUUGGUCUGUCUUCAUGCUGCCGAUCCGCACCAACAACGACAUAGAGGCGUGGCACCACGGUCUUAACAGUAGAGCCAACAACAGAGUCCACUUGCCAUUCUACCUGCUGGUGGAGCUGCUACACCAGGAGGCCAGACUUGUCUCCAUUCAGAUAAGGCUAGUGUCAGACGGGAAGCUGUCCAGGAUUCAGCGGAAGAAGUACCAGCUGCUUCAAUCUAAAAUCUUCAAGCACUGGGAAGACUUUAACGGCAACGAGAUUUCUGCCCGCCGCCUUCUCAAACUCUGCAGUUACCUGAACGGCCCGGCGACCAGAACCUGA